AUAGCUCAUUGUCUACUCAAUCCUCAUCCUCAUCCUCGUCGCACAUUUACAAUUGACGCACACUUUUUGUUCAAGUUCAAGUAGCCAUGCUUCCCAACGAAUAUACAUGGAUAUUUGCCGUCGGCAUUGUCGCCUCGAUUUCCGACGCGUUCGGCAUCGGUGCUAAUGAUGUUGCCAAUUCUUUCGCAAGCAGCGUGUCCUCAGGAUCGCUCACAUUGGCCCAAGCUUGUCUGAUCGCCAUCUUCACAGAGUUUUUAGGCGCACUGCUGCUAGGCUCAUCUACAUCGGAGACUAUCAAGGGAGGGAUUCUAUCUGUCGAGCGCUUUGUCGACCAGCCUGAGCUGCUAAUGAUGGGUAUGCUGUGCGCCCUUAUUGGCUCAGCCUCAUGGGUUAUCUUUGCGUCCAAAAAGGGCAUGCCUGUCAGCACGACACAUUCGAUCGUCGGCGCAAUCAUUGGUGUCGGAAUCGCUGCAUUUGGCGGCGGCGCCAUCCAGUGGGGAUACUCUGGAGUCGCCAAGAUCAUCACGUCCUGGUUUGUCUCACCCGUGGCCUCCGGAAUCAUCACAUCCAUCAUCUACCUCCCCACGCGCUAUUUCAUCCUCGACCACCCCAACAGCCUCGAGCGCGGAAUCAAGGCCAUCCCAAUAUACUUCUUUAUCACGUCUCUAAUCAGCGCCUUCUAUCUGAUCUACAAGGGCGCGCCAGGGACCGAUGCCGCCAAAAUGUCGAUUGGCACUAUCAUCGGAAUCAGCUUUGGCGUUGCCGCAGGUGUCACAGCCUUUUCGUGGUUCUUCUUUGCCAAAUGGCUGCGUCGCAAGGUUGUCGGCAAGGAGAACAUUCGCUGGUACCACAUCUUUGUCAUCCAUUUUAUCAAGCACCGCCCCGCGCUGCCGCCGCCACCUCCUGCUCCCUUGACUGAGGAGGUAUCCAGUGAGCUCGAGGGCGGUUGUGACAUUGAUGGCAAGCUCAGAGUCAGUGUCAAGGACGCCAGCAAUAUCGGCGAUGCCGAUUCUCCAGCCGAUGAGGAAGAAGAGACCAACAGGGCGCGUCUUGUCAAGCUACUCCACAACAUCAAGUACUACGCUCUGCGUGGCAUUCGCAAGGACGUGCGCAACCUCGACAACAAAAAGCUGGCGAGCGUGCAUGAGGCCGCCAAGAAGUUCGAUGAUGACACCGAGUACUUGUUUUCCUUCUUGCAAAUCAUCACCGCGUGUCUGGCCAGCUUUUCCCACGGUAGCAACGACGUCGCCAACGCAGCUGGGCCCAUCGCAUCCAUCUACGACAUCUGGAGGUAUGCGCGCGUCGACAUCAGCGGAACUGCGCCCGUGCCCACCUGGAUCCUUGCCAUGCUGGGCGUUUCAAUCGACCUGGGUCUGAUUACCUUUGGCUACCACGUCAUGCGCAAGCUUGGAAACGGAGUCACUUACCUGUCUCCGAGCCGCGGCUUUGCUGCAGAGCUGGGCACGUCGCUCACUGUGCUUACCGCAUCAAAGAUUGGCUUGCCUGUGUCCACGACGCACUGCAUCACAGGCGCCAUCACUGCCAUCGGUCUCUGCAACGGCAACUUCCGCGCGCUUAACUGGAAGAUGUUGGCCUGGUCCUUCAUGUCGUGGAUUUUCACGCUCCCCAUUGCCGGCCUUAUAUCUGGACUGGUGUUCGCGUUUGCUAUCAACGCGCCAGUCAGCUUUAUUUAGUGUGAUUUUAAGUCACAAUCACGGCUAUAACCACAACCACAACCACAACCACAACCACAAUCAC